AUGGUGGAGAACACAAGUGUCCGCCCCGCAGCCCUGGCCAGGGGCCUGUCCCCAGCCCUGUCCCCAGCCUCUGCCCCAGGACUGUGGACUCCAGAGCCAGCAGUCAAUGGCAACGCCUGCGGUGGCCACCUGACACUCGAUCUGAUUGAGCCCAGACAUCUAGAAGAGGGGGCUGUUUUCCAGUGGAGGAGGCGACUUUUCUCCCAGGAGAACAAAGGGUCUGUGGAGAUCAUGAGGAAGGACCUGAAUGACGCGCGGGACCUGCACGGCCAGGCCGAGUCAGCCGCCGCUGUGUGGAAGGGACAUGUGAUGGACCGCAGGAAGAAGGCCCUGACUGAUUAUAAGAAGCUGCGGGCUUUCUUUGCUGAGGAGGAAGAGCACUUUCUGCAAGAGGCUGAGAAGGAUGAGGGCAUCCCGGACGAUGAGCGUGCCGACCCUGCUGAGCGGUUCCGGUGCCUGCUUCAGGCUGUGUCAGAGCUGGAGAAGAAGCACCGAAACCUGGGCCUCAGCAUGCUGCUGCAGUGAUGAUGCUGAGCAGCAGGCGGGUCCCCAGUGGAGCACAGGAAGGACCGCCUUCUACAGCUGGCCUGCAGCAGCCCCGCCGCACCCCUCGGGCCUCUGCCCAGCAUCGCCCUCCACACUGGACAGAUGCUCAUCUCCGUCAGCACCGACAGCGCGUAGGCCGGAGGAAGUGUCGCAGGUGCCCCUGCCUUUGGUCAUCCACGUAGCUCAGUGUUGUUUUCAUGUUCCCUGAAGUGUGAAUGUAUUCCAGGCUAGUCCUAGGACUCCCUCCCCAGUGUGUCCAGCCUUCCUCAAACCCGUGUACCGAGGUCCCGGCAUUGUCAUUGUUGAGGGCUUAGUAGUCACCGGUGUCAAAAGAACCAAACCGCAUGCCUUUCCAUGGUGCCCAGGCCAAGGCUUGCUUGUGGGACCUCCCUCCAUGGGUAGGAAAUCUGGAGCACACCAGCCAAGGUCACAUUAGGCACUGGGAAAGG